AUGCCCCUUGGUACCGGACUCACAGCUGAAAAGCUUGAGCCAUACACCCAGGAGCUAAUACGCGGGCUUAUUGCAUGGAAAAUCCAGGUUGUCUCUUAUGCCUGUGAUGGUACAGAGAUCGAACAGAAGAUCCAAGCACUACUUGUGGAGCAUGGUGAUUCUCGGAUUGAGCACAUCAUCCCUCCACCCAAAAGCUCUGGGGAAGAGCUUAAGAUCAUUAUCCCUGUUUUCGACAAUCAACCAGUUGCUAUGAUCCAAGACUCUAAACAUGCACUGAAGACGUUCCGCAACAAUCUUUACUCAGGUGCUCGACUGCUUGUUCUAGGAAAUCAUACUGCAUUUUAUGCACAAGCUCACAAACUUGCUCAUGAUCCCGGUACACCACUGUAUCGACGGGACGUUGAGAAACUUGAUUGCCAGGAUGAAAAUGCAGCUACUCGCCUAUUUUCUGCUCAUACACUUCAGUUCCUUGCUGAUCAAAAUCCCGAAUGGGCAGGAAUCAUCAUUUACUUAUUUGUAUUUGGUGAGCUCGUAGACGCAUACCAGAGCCGUAAAAUCAACCACGCUGAACAUCUUAUUAUGGUCCUCCGUGCUUGGUAUUUCCUCAAUCUGUGGGAUGAAUUUCUUCAGUGUGCAGGCUACAAGCGGGAUCUUUAUUUUCUGUCACGACAGUGUUCAGACAUUACAAGGAUAGUAAUUGAGGGAUACAUCUCCCUAAUCUUCAUUUACCGCGACCAUCUUCCGAAGUUGGAACCUCUCAUCCCUCACUUACACUCAAGUGAGACAUGUGAACACUGUAUCGGAGAGUCUCGGAAGAUUGUGAAGGACUUCUGUUAUCUGGAUUUUCUUUACAUGAUUCCGAAGCUCCACGUCUCAGUUCGCUCUGCGAUUUCACGUGCACAAACAGCAAAUGGAAAGGCCAGAGCAAGUGGGUACUGCCAUACUUAUUUCAAUACCUCAGGAAUGGAUCCACUUGCCCUUGCAUCCUUUCCAGAUGAUGAUCAAAUCCGGGCAGACCUUGUACCUGUUGCGUUUGAUCAAGCUGAUCAGCUCAUGAUUGCUGUAGGCAUUCAACCUAGUCGACUUCGGAAUAUGCGUGCACUGAGACAACGAGGGGUUGCUCAAAUUCCCUCCAUUUCAAGCUGGUAUCGUUCUGAAACUGAUAUCCUCUUGACUUCAGAGGAUGAACAUGAUGAACACGGUGUUGGUUCAUGGAAUAUUGAUUCUAUCAGCGAGGCCGAGGAACUACAGCAGCUCUUAGUACAGAGUCAAUUGGACGAACUUCAAUGGAUGGCAACACAAGCACAACUAGUAAAGAUACAAAACCUUGCUUACGCUGCAGUAGCUCUGCAAGUUGAUGAGCAUAUGAAAGUACAAGCAUUUACAGACCAAGAGGAGCACAGUGCCGAGUUUGAUGAGGAAUGUCUAGAGCUUCGACAGUUUCAGGCAGCUGAUCUCACCUCUCCAUCUAUCCGACCGAUAAUCACUACACCAAGUAUCUUUGGGAGACAAGGUGCUUCUGUUACCUCUGCAUCUUCAUUUGAUUAUUCUGUCCUCAUUGAAUUACGCCGUGCGCAUCAAACAUAUCAGGCAGAGCAUGGUGUCCGCACAAGCCAGUCAGAAUCUACACCAGGCAAAGAGUCCCCACGAGCAAAGAUCAUCAAAGCGAUGCGAAAUGCUCUGAAGGAAGCACAGGAACAGGGUUUGACCACAGGUGUUGGCCGGUCAUUGAGAACAAAGGCUCUAGGCUCUAAAGAAGAAUCUCCAGCUUUGAGUGGCAACGCAGCUAAUGUAGUGGCGGCUGCCUCUUCUGUUGACAAAAUGGUGAGUUAU